CCAAACCACACUCUCCCAUUCCUCUCAUAAGUUGAGUGCUGAGGUGAUACCUGCAUUAAUACGAUUGUGUUCACAUCACCAUCACCAUCAUCAUCAUCACCAUCAACACCAUGUCCUCUCGUUUUCUCCUGCUGGUUCUGCUGGUUCUCUUCUACCUUCAGUUCUUCACAACUGCCAACAAUGCAAUGGCACUAUAUGAAUGCUGUUUCAAAUACCAGACACAUCCAAUCCAUGCAAGACUCAUUACAGGGUAUAAAGAAACAGACCGGCGUCAGUGUCCAAAACCUGGAGUCAUUUUUACGCUAAAGCGCAGUCGCCAUAUGUGUGCAGAUCCCAGCGAUAAGUGGGUGCAGAACAUCAUGAAAAGAAUUGACAAGGGCUCGUUUAGAAGACGGGUCCAACCUGAAGAGCCUGACAAUCCAGUUCCUCCUCCCUCAACCUGGAAAAACAAGCCUGACAACCCAGUUCCUCCUCCUGUACUCAGUAGAAACAAGCCUGUUACUAUUACCGAGCCAGUUUCUACUGCCUCAACCAAUAUAGAACAGCCUGACAACCCAGUUCCUUCUCCCUCAACCAGUAGAAACAAGCCUGACAAUCCAGUUUCUACUGCCUCAACCAAUACAGAACAGCCUGUUACUACUACCGAGCCAGUUUCUACUGCCUUAUCCAAUACAGAACAGUCUGACAAGACACAUUCUCCUGCCUCAUCAAAUAUUGUACGUAAUUGAAUUAAUCAUACAGUGCAGACAGUUUCUGUUUGCAUUUUAGUAUUUUUAUUAGUGUCCCUUAUAGUGUCAUUUAUUAUAUUCUAUUAUCUAUAGCUGUAGGGGAAUCUCUGUGGUUGUAAAGUUUUAGUAUUAUAUGGUAUUUUCUACAAUGGUGGUAUAGUGUUAGUAUAGAAAUAUCUGUAGUGGUAUAGUGUUAGUAUAGGAGUAUGUAUAGUGGUAUAUUGUUAGUAUAGGAGUAUCUACAGUGGCAUAGUGUUAGUAUAGGAGUAUGUAUAGUGGUAUAGUGUUAGUAUAAGAGUAUGUACAGUGGUAUAGUGUUAGUAUAGGAGUAUGUAUAGUGGUAUAGUGUUAGUAUAGGAGUAUGUAUAGUGGUAUAGUGUUAGUAUAA